GAGGGCGGGGGGCUCCAUUUCCGGUUUCCUGCUCGCAUUACUAUGGGAAGAUGAAAACAUUCAUGAGCAGCUUUUCUUUUAUUUAUAGCACAUUUCGCUCCGUUUUAGCCAAAAAUGUGCACCGAGUGUGCAUAUUUUCGUGAAGGGAGUCCGCGGAGCACGUUUGGAUAGCAAGUCGGUAGCCGACGUCACCAUAGCCUCGGCCGAGCUGCUCCGCCCACUGAAGACAUUUCUGUCCAGCGCCAUGAACCUGGUCCGCCUGCUGUGCCGCCACAAGACGGCCCUGGUCCUCGGCAGCGUGUGCACCUUCGCCGUGGUCCUGGUCUUCUUGGCCAAAUGUACCCCAGAGACCCUGAAGCAGGGUCACGUGGACCCGCCAGGCAGAGCCCCACGUGCCAGCGCUGUCCAUCUGCCCGCGGAGCCACCCUCCAAGACCUUGUCGGCCUUCCUGGUGGUCCUGGUCACCACGGGGCCCAAGUACACGGAGCGCAGGAGCAUCAUCAGGAGCACGUGGCUGGCCAGGCGGGACUCGGAUGUUCUGGCUAUGUUUGUGGUGGGAACUCUGGGGCUCUCUACUGAAGACCUUCAGAACCUCAAGACGGAGCAAGGGCGCCACAAGGAUCUCCUCCUCCUGCCGGACUUGAAGGAUUCUUAUGAAAACCUGACCACCAAGGUCCUGCACAUGUACUCCUGGCUGGACCAGAACGUGGCCUUCAAGUUUGUGUUGAAAGCCGACGACGACACGUUCGCCCGCUUGGACCUCCUGAAGGAGGAGCUGCGGGCCAAGGAGCCCACUCGCCUGUACUGGGGAUUCUUCUCAGGCCGAGGACGCGUCAAGGCCGGCGGCAAGUGGCGGGAAAGCGCCUGGGAACUCUGCGACUACUACCUGCCCUACGCGCUGGGCGGCGGCUACGUCCUGUCCUCCGACCUGGUGCGCUACGUGCGCCUCAACGCCGCCUACCUGAAGACGUGGCAGAGCGAGGACGUGUCGCUGGGCGCCUGGCUGGGCCCUGUGGACCUGCGGCGGACGCACGAUCCGCGUUUCGACACCGAGUACAAAUCCCGCGGUUGCAACAACAAGUACUUGGUGACGCACAAGCAGAGUCUGGAGGACAUGCUGGAGAAGCAGCAGACGCUGCAGCGCGAGGGGCGGCUGUGUAAGGAGGAGGUCAGGUUGCGACUGUCCUACGUUUACGACUGGAGCGUGCCGCCCUCGCAGUGCUGCCAGAGGAAGGAGGGCGUGCCUUGACUGCUCGCCAAGACAAGACCUCUAAGGCUUUACAAGUCAAGCAAAAUGUUGUUCAUUUGGAUCAUUUCCUCAAAUCCGUCUCCGGGCGCACCCAAAUAAAUACCAAGGAUUGGAAUCCAACCACGCUAUAUUAUCAUAUGUCAAGUCGUGUACCCUGUUUUCCACUACUAUUCCCCCCACGCUUUGAUCCUAGCGGCUUAUCAAAUGACGUGGCUAAAUGAUGUUUUUGUUUUCAACAAAUACUUUUCAUAAAACAGACAUCCAUCCAUCUUCUUCCGCUUAUCCGAGGUCGGGUCGCGGGGGCAACAGCCUAAGCAGGGAAACCCAGACUUCCCUCUCCCCAGCCACUUCGUCUAGCUCUUCCCGGGGGAUCCCGGGGCGUUCCCAGGCCAGCCGGAAGACAUAGUCUUCCCAACGUGUCCUGGGUCUUCCCCGUGGCCUCCUACCAGCUGGACGUGCCCUAAACACCUCCCUAGGGAGGCGUUCGGGUGGCAUCCUGACCAGAUGCCCGAACCACCUCAUCUGGCUCCUCUCGAUGUGGAGGAGCAGCGGCUUUACUUUGAGUUCCUCCCGGAUGGCAGAGCUUCUCACCCUAUCUCUAAGGGAGAGACUCAAACUCAUUUCGGCCGCUUGUACCCGUGAUCUUAUCCUUUCGGUCAUGACCCAAAGCUCAUGACCAUAGGUGAGGAUGGGAACGUAGAUCGACCGGUAAAUUGAGAGCUUUGCCUUCCGGCUCAGCUCCUUCUUCACCACAACGGAUCGGUACAACGUCCGCAUUACUGAAGACGCCGCACCGAUCCGCCUGUCGAUCUCACGAUCCACUCUUCCCUCAUUCGUGAACAAGACUCCUAGGUACUUGAACUCCUCCACUUGGGGCAGGGUCUCCUCCCCAACCCGGAGAUGGCACUCCACCCUUUUCCGGGUGGAGUGCCACAAACACAGACAGAGAUGCUGAAAAGGUGUGUUCUUGUUUGUGCGCCAUCUUUUAGGACGAGUCCGCUCACUGCGGGUACUUCGUGUAUCGCGACUUGAACCGGAAGUAUGUCCCGUUUUGUCUACUAUUUGUCCAUAUGGAUUCUUCAUUCAUCACUACAUUACAAUGUAACUAAAACAAUUCUUACUUACUGAAGUGUCUCAUGUGUGAUGUGUGUAGAAGUGUUUUCAUGCAUAUUUGUACAUGCUAUCCUAAUGUCAUCAAGCUAGCGUCGUUAGCAUUAGCUAAUAACGCUAACACGUCCAGAAGAAAGUCUGUGUUAGUGUUAUUAACUUACAGCGGCAUUCUUUUUGUAUUGUUUCACCAAAAUGUCAGUUUAGCUGUUGGGGUGGAUCAGCCGUUUUACUGCCCUGUUGCAGAUGCUCUUUGGAAACUAUUAAGCUAUUACAAAAUUGUAGCCUAUCUCGGCGGCAUUCGUGCAGAAGGUGGGGUACAAGUCACCACCUUGUCAAUCAAUCAAUCAAUGUUUAUUUAUAUAGCCCUAAAUCACAAAUGUCUCAAAGGGCUGCACAAACCAUUACGACUACGACAUCCUCGGAAGAACCUUUGGAGGUGGGAGGGGCCUAUCCCCAGGUGCAUGUCUUUGGAGGUGGGAGGGGCCUAUCCCCAGGUGCAUGUCUUUGGAGGUGGGAGGGGCCUAUCCCCAGGUGCAUGUCUUUGGAGGUGGGAGGGGCCUAUCCCCAGGUGCAUGUCUUUGGAGGUGGGAGGGGCCUAUCCCCAUUUCAUGUCAUGUACAUUGACUCCAUCCAGACUGCAUACUGAGUGAACAUCAGAGGCCACCAUAAAUACUAGUUUCCUGGACACGUUUAGACUUUGUACUCAACCAAGCCAAUGUAGGAAUAUUUAGCAAGUUGACUUCUCUGCAGGACAUAAAGCCUGUAUUCUCAAAGUCCAGCAUUGGAAAAUAUGCUUUUGCAAGAGUGUGGAAGAUUUUGUUGUGACUGUGAGAUUUAAAUUGUUGUCAUUUCUUCUGUAUUGUUGUAUUAAAGCUGCUGUUGACUCA